AUGACUACAGAGGGAACUACCCCAACGCCUGCCGAAUACCAGUAUACAGUGGUUGAUAUACUUAAUAGAUCAGAUGACGACAUCACAAUUUUAGUUCGUGAUCAGGAAGGAAACAACGCUUUGUGUAUGGCUUAUAGCAUCAAGAAACUCGAAGAGAAUCACAUUUAUCCUCAGUUUGUUGAAAAGCUAAAUAAACUCAAAGAAAUAAAUCACAAGAAUAUUCCUAAAAUAUACAGCGUACAAGCCUAUGGCGACUAUAUUUACCUUUUCUGCGAAAGAGUACCAAAUGCAACUCUAAAAGAAUAUGUCCUCAGCAAUGGAAAAAUGCCAACACAGCAUGUAAUUUUAAUUAUGAACCAAUUAUUAUCCGCCUUACAUUGUGCUCAUUCUAAAGGAGUUGCUCACAAUCAUAUUACACUAGAUAAUAUUAUGUUCGACAGAGAUAUGGUUCCCGUUCUUUACAACUUCCACUUGGGAAUGAAAGAUUUCUUUUCCGCUGUAAAAACACCUAAAAACGAUAUAAACUUCUGCUCUCCAGAAGAAAUCAAAGAGGACUCUAUCGAUCAAUACGCCACAGACAUUUGGCAUCUCGGAGUUGUAAUUUAUGUUUUAUGUACUUCAAAGUAUCCAUUUAGCAACACAAACCAUUCGAAACUAUGCCAGAACAUAUUGUCAGAAGAACCCGAUUAUGAUUCAAUAGAUCCGAAAAUUGUCGUGAAAUUGAAGCAAAUGUUGGAAAAAGAUCCGGCUAAAAGAGCUACAGCUGAACAACUUAUGGAAACAGAACCAAUUGCAGAUGUAAAGGCUAUUUAUUUCAACCCAAUUAAGAAGAUUAUUCCAAAACUUCUUCACGUUCACGAAUUGAAGAGAAUCGAAUCUAUUAUCAAGGGUAAUUCUGUUCCAUUUAGAACAAAUAACUAA